AUGAUUAACAGAUUAAUAGAUUGGCAUUCGAUCUUACUCUGGAUAUCACAACCAACCCAUGCCAUCAACUCCUUGGAGGGGGCACCUCUCUUUGGUUCUAAGCUUUUUGAAGUUGGAGAAAUUUUCUGCAACUGUGGAAGCCAUAACCAGUCUGAUACCUGGUUCAGUCGUCUUCCUUUUACUUUCCCAUCCGAUAAAGAGACUGAUCAUGUGUUCAAUCUUUCCGAAGAAGCUCAAAAAACUAUAAUAGGAGAUGUUCCCGACUUUACAAAUGUUUCAGAUGAUCCUCCUCCAACAUUCACAAGUGGAGAAAGUCCCAAGCCUCCUACAGAUGAGGAACUCUUAGAUGAUUUAAUUUUCGAAGAUAAAAACAAAUCAAUUGGUGCUAUUGUGAUCCUGCCGUCCUUUAAUAUGUUGCAAAAUCCUUCUUCCUAG